AGUCCUGUCAUCAGAUUGAGAGCUGCACGCCUGUUGAUGUGUUGCUGAUAAGUGCUCUUCUCCGUAGCGAAGCCGCGAAGGCAGGCAUCACCGAACGACGUUCGAUCGGACGUGUCGACCCACGCGGUGUUGACAAGAUGCUGUUUGCACUCUAGCCCAGUGACUGUCAUUGACAAGCUGUGCGCUUGACAGGAUUUCGUAAAUGUUAAACCCUACUAUAUAUUCCGGGGCGGGACCCAUGCACUCCUCCCAUUGACCUUCGACCAACUCAUCCACACUCAUAUUUGACGACUUUCGCAGGAUGCAAACACGACAUAAAGCACCGAUGUUCGACGAGUUGCACAACCGCAACUUGAAGCCUCCUCCGCUCGCCCGCAUUCCUAUCGAGGUCUGCGAGGAGAUCAUUGACCUCAUUGCCUUCUGGGCAUUGACCCACGGAGGGGGAGGCGUGGACUACGGGAUGUAUUACGCGACCGAAUGGCGUUUCGCGCUCAUCGCCUGUGCGUUCGUCUGCAAGGCCUGGCAUACCCGCAGCAUGUACCACUUGCACUCGUCGGUCUGGCUGACAAACCGGGACAGCGUCGAGUUCCUUUUCAAGCGUCUUCUUCAUGACCCAGAGCUUCAUACAGCCAUCAAGCAUAUCAUCAUCCGCGGUCCGGCUCAGCAUGGCCUCGAACCGUUUGGUGGGAUCCCUCACUUUUCGACAUUCAUAGCGAGGCUCGCCAGGCAGCUACCCAACGUACGGACCCUCCGCCUUUGCCGUGCCGCCUGAACGACGGGAUCAAUACAUGCAGAGAGUAUCAAGUACCUCUCUGUAUAUACCUCCGUAACGCAGAUCCGGCUUCGUGACGUGGCGUUUACGACGGCGUCGCAAUUCAGAGCGUUGCUCUCGGCCCUCCCGAACCUCCAGUACAUCAGUUGUACUGAUGUAAGCUGUCG